AUGGAAAUCGGACCUCGUUUCUUGAAUGAAAAAUUGCCGAAUCAGUACACCAAACAUGCGGUAGAUCCCAAAAACCUUUAUUACUGCGAUGGCACUACUUACUUCCAAGGGUUACUGAUCGCAGUUGCAGGAAUCAUUGUUCAUUUCGCCACGGUAGAAGCUUGCAUUAGUGCAUCAACAGACCUUGAUGGUCGCAGUGCACCAACCUCAAACGCUACCCGAACAACGAACGUAUAUCUUACUGGAGAUUGCAUUGAUGUCAAAUGCCAGGCGAUUGGCGACACUUUAUAUGGGAGUAACGUGUGGGAUUAUGACGGUACAUAUUACUUCCCGGACUACUAUGUUAAAACUGGUUACUCAGGGCUAGAUCCAAAUCUUCCGGUAUGUAAUACUUCGACCAGCAGAGGUACAGGCGCUGACAUAGUCGCCAAAGCCCAAACUCAAGAUGGCAUUGUCUACUCCUGGGGUGGUGGUGAUAAUAGCGGUCCAACCGACGGUAUCUGCUGUUCUCCAUCCGGCUACAAUGACACCAACGUGGUAGGCUACGACUGCAGUGGCUUGACAAAGUAUUCCUUAUUUCAAGCGAAAGGAAUGUCCCUUGCCCACUACACCUGUGACCAAUUCAACGACAAUCGUGGACAGAAAGUUGCCUUUGAUUCUAUCGAAAUUGGCGACUUUAUAUUUUAUGGCACAGACGACGAUCAAUGCAAUGAACACGUAGCUAUUUUCGCCGGUGACGGUAUGAUGGUAGAAGCAAGAGAGCAUGGCGUGCCGGUAGGCACUCAUGCUGUGCGAACUGGUCAUAGCCCGUAUGUAAUACGAUUCUAGGUUUGCCUAGGUAGAUCCUAAGCAUUAUAGUUCCCUACUCAGUAUAUUAUAUUUAUUUAAUUUCAACGGUUUUAUGUAAAUUACAUUCUCGAUGAAUGAUGCCCAUGGUAGUGUUACUCCUCUUCGCUGUCUGACCGUCAUCUGU